AUGGAGCACGACGGGAAUGCAUCCAAGCUGUUCUGCAAUGCCACCAUCAUCACGGUCAAUUCAAAACGCGAGAUCAUCUGCGGCGGAUACCUCCACGUCGUGGGCAAUCGCAUUGCUGCCGUUGGGAAGUGCCCAGCCCCGGACUCUUUGCUAUCACAGACAGUGUCGAUCGACUGUACGGGCAAGAUCAUCAUUCCGGGGCUGAUCAACACGCAUGCGCAUCUCGUCCAAUCUCUGCUGCGAGGGCUGGCUGAGGAUCUACCGCUGCACAAUUGGAUGUGCGAUGCGAUCUGGCCGCUGGAAGCCGUAUAUGCGGAUAACGAUGGCUACAGUGCCGCUCGGUUGACCAUGGCAGAGAUGCUGAAGACGGGGACAACAUGCUUCCUCGAGCCGAUGUUGACAUAUCGGGCUGGAUUUGAGAGCGUGUGCGAUGCAGUGGGUGAGAUGGGCAUCCGAGCUUCGCUGGGGAAAUUGAUCAAGUUCACCGAGACCAACAGGCAGCUUUCCAUCACGGAUCCGCGAGAUCGAGACCUUAUAUCCAUGUCAAUCUCUUCCCUCGUUGCCGCACAUCGGGACUAUCACCACGCCUACAACGGCCGUCUACAUGUCUGGGCUGCAGCAGGGACACCUCGGGGCGCUCCAAAGGCUUCCUAUCUGGAGCUAGGAGAGGCUUGCGCUUCACAUGGCAUAUCAAUCACCAUGCACUGCGCGGAGGCUCCGAGAGACUUGACGAUCUACCAGGAUACCUACCACUGCAGUCCGAUGCAAUUCAUCCAGGAGACAAAGAUGUGUGGCCAGGCAAUACAAAAGCAUCGUAGCCAUUCGCGCAAUAGUCAUUCUCACAAGCUUGUCCUCGCCCAUAUGGUGAAUCUGGACAACGACGUUGACCUCCCCAUCCUCUCUUCCACGCAGGUCACGGUGGCACACAAUCCGACCUCCAACCUCAAACUGGCAUCAGGCGUCGCGCCUGUGCCCGCGAUGCUGUCCGACAAAUACGAGAUCAAUGUGUCCCUGGGGACGGACGGUGCGCCAUGUGCGAACCACUAUGACAUGUUUCAGGAGAUGCACCUCGCAGCCAUCCUGCACAAGGGUGUCCACCACGAUGCGACACUCAUCCCGGCGGAAACCGCCCUCGAAAUGGCUACCAUUAAUGGGGCACGGGCGUUGGGCUUGGAGGAUGACAUUGGAAGCUUGGAGGUCGGCAAAAAGGCUGACUUUGUAGUCCUCGACCCGUAUCGUCGGGGUGGCAUCGGAGCUGCGCCUUGGGACUGGGAGGACUGUGACGGUGUCACGCCAGUGACAGCAGUGGUGCACAGCUGUACCGGACGCGAUGUAGACAUGACGGUUGUCGAUGGGGAAAUCCUCGUGAAGGACGGAGUACUCGUCCACGGAGGCCGCGAGAAGGAGAAGGAGAUUCUGCGCUGUGCACAACUGGCCGCCAAGGGGAUUCGGCAACGUUGCAAUGAAACAAGAAACGGUCAUGGCAUAAUUCGGGGGAAGCUGGCGUCAGGAUGGACUUAUGUUUGA